GUCAGAGUGGAAAGCGUGCGGCCCAGGAAUAAAAAUAAAACUUUAGACUGAGUGGACGUCUAUAGUUCUGCUUUAUUUCCUGUUUCUCAGACAUCCAUGAAGUGACACUCUGUGUGUGUGUGUAUGUGUGUGUGUGUGUUUAAGGUGUGAGACAUGGGAGGCAGUAGCAGCACGCGCCGCGUCUCCUUCGAGAGCGAUGAGAACGAGAACGUGACGGUGGUGAAGGGCGUCAGGCUCUCAGAGAAUGUCAUCAAUCGUAUGCGAGAGCCCUCUAAACCACAAUCCAGAUCAUCUCCUCCACCUCCACCUCAGACCAAAGUGGAACCUCAGCCCUACUCGGCGCCGAGCCGUCCUGCGUUUGACCCCAUCACAUCUCUGCCGCCUCAGAUUCCUGCACCUCCUCCGACUUCUCCACCUCCUGCCUCAGCACCUGCAGCUGAAGCUGUAGACCCCGCCUCUUUAGUAGCUCCUCCUCCUCCACCCCCUCCCCUUGCUUCUGAGCCUCCUCCUCCUCCAUCAGUAGCUGUCGCAACUCCCCUUCCUGUCCCUGUUCCCUCUGCUCCCCUCCCUCACAAACCUUCUCCUCCUCCAUGUGUGGAAAUAACUGCCCCCUGUGCCACCCCGGCUGACCCUGCUACCCCCCCAGCUGAGCCUGCUGCCCCCGCUGCUCCCUCUGCUCCCUCACUGCCUCUUCCUAUUUUAGAGGAACCUGUGAUUCCACCUUCAACAGUGGAUGAGUCAGAGCUGAGACGGAAGAUCAGUGAAGAAGUGCAGAAAGGUCUGGAAGAGGAGAGGAGCAAAACACAACACGAGCUCCAUCAGUGGCUGGAGAAGGAGCGUGCCCGGGUGAAGGCGCAGGCCCACGCAGACGCUCAGGCCCACGUGCAGGAUGAGGUGAACAGAAUCCUGGCCUCGGAGAGAGCGGCCGCUCUGGACAGCGUGCAGAGAGCCGUGGUCAGAGAGAGGGUCUCCGCCGAGGAGGAGCGACUCCGAACUAAGCUCUUAGCUAAGCAGCUGGAGGAGCGAGAUCAGCAGCUGAGGAAGCAGGACGCCUUCUACAGAGAACAACUGAACAAACUGGAGGAACGGAGCACCCAGUUUUACAAGGUCACCAAUGAGAACUAUCACAAAGCUGCGGACGAGGUGAACGCUAAAUUUAGGCGGUAUGAAAUCAGUCCUGUGUGUGCCGACCUGCAGGGUCAGAUUCUGAAGUGCUACAGAGAGAAUGCUGGGAAAACACUCCUCUGCUCCAAUAUCGCCUCUCUCUACCUGCAGUGUGUCAACAGCGCUAAACAGAACAAGUUGAGGACUGGAGGCUAGCUCUGAGGAACAUAGGAGAAGCAGCCAUGUUUGUGGCGUCACCUUACUGAAAGUUUGUAAAGAAGAUUAGAGGACAUAGAGCACCGUACAGAUACACACCUGACUCAGAGGAACAGUAUGGAAAACUGCAGCACCUGGAGAGAGGGGAACUGCUCUUUUUUCUUUUUUUUCUCCCUCUCUCUAUACUUCUCUGCUUUCUCAAUGAAGAGGCCAUGUUUCACUUCUACAGAGUAGGGCAGUGUUACAGGUAUGAGAACCAGCAGCAGUGUAGAUGUGUAUUAUAAUGUGCCAAACACCAGAAAAACAAAUGAGUGUCUCAGGGGAAUAAAACACAGCUUUAAAAAAAAAUUCACAAACUCAAUAGCAGCAGUUAGCGAGGGUGUCAAAUGUCAAGGGUCAAAUUUUUGUUAGUGUGAAGCUGGAAGCUGUUUCAGUGUAAACACUGUUAUUGUCUAAUUGCACUAAAACUUCAGAUUGAUUUGUGCUUUGAAUUGUACGGUAAAGCAAAAGUUUUGGCACCUCAUUCACACAAACUUCACAUAAUCGUGUAAGUUAAUACACUUCUGUCCUCAUCAGUCUCGACCCAGGCUCUUACUGCGCAACUGUUCAUCAUGUCUGUGUGUGUGUGUGUGUGUACAGUGCUGAUUAUGUUUCUGCUUUAUUUUUGCUUUUUAUCUGCACAAAGACAGUGUGAUCUGUCUGGGAGAAUAAAAGGCUCAAAUUGCAAACCCGAA